GGUGCGAGGGUCAGAACUAGGGGGCAGCGAAUCAUAUCAGUCUCUUCACACAAACAUUCUUUCCUUAACACCACCCAUUCGGAAAGCCACUAGGCCGCGUGGUUAAAACUCUAAAACACCCAGGGAGGAACAUUUUCUAGAACAUUCUAAACAUUUUAUUUAUUUAUUUUAGGCUAGCCCAAUUUUAGUAGCCCUAGGUUGUAAAGUUUUGGACUAAUUGGUGACGUCACAGAAAGAGCAACACGUAACCCUGGUAACCAGUUGAAAGAAAUUUUCUAACAGGACGUGACGUCAGAGAACACAGUCAACCAGAUCUAGGCGGCUUACAAGAAGUGAGCCUCACACAACAACCUAGAUCAAUCUUGACCUUGCUCCAAUCAACCAAUCAUCUGACAGUAGACAGUCACGUGACUCAUGUCUCUGGUCCCUGAGCCUGCCUACGUCAGCUAGAAACACCCCCAGCGCCCCUCCCUCCGCCACCCCUCGACCAUGCAUUUACUGAGCCUCGUUGUCGUCGCGUACCUCCACACCUGCCUGGGCGUGUCCAGCAGUCAGGUGACCCCGCCCCUCCAGCCCACACCUAGCACGCCCAGCGAUAACGAAAGCGUCAAAGACCUUCCACCAAAAUCGUACCUGUCCUCCAUAAAAACAAGAACGCGACGAGAACUCGAAGAGGUCAGCCUUAAGAAAAAGCUCAACGAUUUGGACAACGUCAACUCGUAUUUAGAACAAUUGAAUCUUUUCUCUACUGAUCCAUCCACCGACGGCAGCAGUUAUGACGGCGAAGCCACAGUUCUGUCUAAAAGACCCAGACAGUUUGUGGGCAAGCGAGGGGACUAUUCCCCAGACGACAAACUGCUGGACGAUUUGAUAGCCGACGCUUUGUUGGACUCGCUAAGCGGAGACAAUUUUGGAGACGAUGACGCGCGCAUGAGUAAAAGACUGCGAAGCUUUGUGGGGAAACGGGGCGGGGAGUACACGUCAUAUCCUGAUGAUGACGACACAAUGUCGUUCGAGAAACGUCCUCGGCAGUUCGUCGGGAAGCGAAGUCUUCUGACCUACGACGGGGAAUUUAUCGAAAAACGUCCUCGGCAGUUUGUGGGUAAAAGAGGAAUGCUUGACUUCGGGAGCCUUUACCACACAGAAACUAAAAGACCUCGGCAAUUUUUAGGGAAAAGGGAUAUUGAUGAUUUUCAAGAUUUUAUUUUCAACGAGGAAAAACGACCACGUCAAUUUGUUGGUAAAAGAAGCCUCGCUAAUUUUGAUGAGAGAUUUUCGGCAGAAAAGCGGCCAAGAAAUUUUAUAGGGAAAAGAAGUGAAUUUGAACAGACUUUUAUGGAGGAGAAGAGGCCCAGACAGUUUGUUGGUAAACGCGACGCUAAUGACAUGGAUAGUCUGUUUGUUGAUGAACUAGAUAAACGCCCUCGUCAGUUCAUCGGUAAAAGAUUCUUCGGCGAUUUGGAUAACCUAGACACGGACAAGAGGGCGCGAACAUUUGUAGGCAAACGAGAUCCAGAGCUGGACGAGAACAUUGAGAAGCGCGCGAGGAACUUCGUUGGCAAGCGCAUGUCAGAUGACGACGAAGUUUCUUUGGCGAAGCGGAUACGAGAUUUUGUUGGGAAGCGAAGUUUGACUGAAGAAAUCGAAAACGACAAAAGGUUUCGCAACUUUGUUGGAAAACGAUAUUUGACGGACGAUAUUGAAAACGAUAAGAGACUUCGCUAUACCGGUGGGAAACGAAGUUUAGAGGACGAUAUUGAAAACGAUAAAAGAUUACGCAAUUUCGUCGGAAAACGAAGUGUGGAUGACGAUAUUGAAAACAAUAAGAGACUUCGCUAUACCGGUGGGAAACGAAGUUUAGAGGACGAUAUUGAAAACGAUAAAAGAUUACGCAAUUUCGUCGGAAAACGAAAUCUAGAGGACGAUAUUGAAAACGAUAAAAGAUUACGCAAUUUCGUCGGAAAACGAAAUCUAGAGGACGAUAUUGAAAACGAUAAAAGAUUACGCAAUUUCGUCGGAAAACGAAAUCUUGAGGACGAUAUUGAAAACGAUAAAAGAUUACGCAAUUUCGUCGGAAAACGAAAUCUAGAGGACGAUAUUGAAAACGAUAAAAGAUUACGCAAUUUCGUCGGAAAACGAAAUCUAGAGGACGAUAUUGAAAACGAUAAACGUUUAAGAAACUUUGUUGGGAAAAGAGAAGAUAAAAGAGCUAGGAACUUUGUGGGAAAGCGGGAUGAGACGGAGGGUCAGGUGUCCAAGCGGUCAGCAGAAACAGCUGAAAACAAAGCGGCCGAGACGGCCAGAUGACCGGAAGUGUGACGUGGGAGCCAACUGAGCAUCCAUUCUUGUUGUCCAUCAAGUGGGGAGAGCCACGCCCAGAUGACAACUGACAGUUCUAGACCCCGGGAGGUGGGGUGGGCGGCGGAGGCAUCACUGUGAGGAGUCUGGCUUCGUACUUACAAGCUCGCCUGUACAAUAAAGUUGCAAAA